CACUAGCACAAUCUCACACCCAUAGAGAUCUAGCCAUGGAGCUCGCCAUGCUGGCCAUCCGCCCCCUCCUCCCGAAGCUGGGGAGCCUGCUCGCAGCCGAGUUCACCUUGGAGAAGCGCGUGAGGAAAGGCAUCGACACCCUCAACAGGGAGUUGAAGCUGAUGCAUGCCGCACUCAGCAAGGUGGCCAAAGUGCCGCCGGAUCAGCUCGACGAGGGGGUAAAGAUCUGGGCAGGAAUGGUGAGGGACCUGGCCUACCACAUGGAGGACAUCAUCGACACCUUCAUGGUGCGCGUGUAUGAUGGAUCUUCCAACCCGAAGAACAGAGUGAAGAAGUUACUUAAGAAGACAGGCAGAUUAUUUAGUAAGGGUAAAGAUCACCAUCGAAUCUCCGAUGCUCUAAAACAAGCGGUUGCUCAAGCCGAACAGUUGGCUGAGCAGCGCCAAAGGUACGAGGUGGAGAUGCCAGACACCGGCCAUGGUAUUAGCAUUGAUCCUCGCAUCAAGGCUAUGUACACAGAUGCGACGGAGCUCGUUGGGAUCGAGGAACCACGAGAAGAGUUGAUCAACAUGUUACUUCAGGGUGAUGAUCGGUCGAAUAAUCCAUUGAAGACGGUCUCUAUUGUUGGAUUUGGUGGGUUAGGCAAGACAACUCUUGCCAAAACAGUGUAUGACAAGAUCAAAGUGAAAUUUGAUUGUCGUGCCUUUGUGUCGGUUUCUCAGAAUCCCGACAUAAAGAAAAUAUUGAAGGAUAUUCUUUUUGGGCUUGACAAGGACAAGUAUGCAAAGAUAUAUAAUGUAUCACGAGAAGCAAGCCAUCUCAUAGACGAACUCAUUGAAUUCCUCAAUGACAAAAGGUACCUCAUCAUAAUUGAUGACAUAUGGGAUGAGGAAUCAUGGGAAAUAAUCAAGCUUGCUUUCUUCAAGAAGAGUCCUGGAAGUCGAUUAAUCACGACAACCCGCAAUGUCAGUGUCGCUAAAGCAUGUUGCACUUCUACUGAUGAUAUUUAUAGAAUGAAACCUCUUUGUGAUGAUGUCUCAAGAAGGCUCUUCUGUAAAAGAGUAUUUUCUCCCAGUGAAGGAUGUCCUGAUGAGUUGUUGGAAGUAUCUCAACACAUCUUGAAGAAAUGUGGUGGAAUACCAUUAGCCAUUAUCACUAUAGCAAGUCUUCUGGCUAAUAAUCACCAGAUGAAAACAAAGGACCACUGGGAUGCCGUGCUCAAGUCCAUUGGUCGUGGACUCACAGAAGAUCGCAAUGUAAAGGAGAUGAAGAAGAUAUUAUUAUUUAGCUAUUAUGAUCUACCUUCUUAUCUUAAGCCAUGCUUAUUGUAUCUAAGUAUCUAUCCAGAAGAUCACCUGAUUAUGAGAUGCCAGCUAAUAUUGAAGUGGAUAUCUGAAGGUAUCGUUUAUAGUGAAGAAGAAGAAACUAGCUUAUAUGAGCUCGGAGAUAGCUACUUCAAUGAGUUAGUAAACAGAAGUAUGAUCCAGCCGAUAGGUAUUGAUUGGGAAGAGAAAGUAAAAGCUUGUCGUGUACACGACAUGGUGCUUGACCUCAUAUGUUCAUUGGCUAGUGAAGAGAACUUUGUCACUAUAUUGAAUGGCACCAAGAGGAAAAUUCCUGACUCGCAAAGCAAGGCCCGAAGAUUGUCAGUCCAAAAUAGCAAUGUCGAAGUGGCUACCAUCAGUAUGGCACAAGUAAGAUCAAUUUCCGUUUUCACAAAUGAUGAUGUUGACCAACUGUACAAAGUUUCAAGCUGUCAAGUUUUGCGUGUGUUGGACUUGGAAUAUUGUCCUUCUCCGGAUACUUGGAAUUUUUUGCAUUUGAGGCAGCUACGACUGGAAGGUUAUGGUGGUAAGGAGCUUCCAGUGGAAAUAGGAAAGCUAUUGUUUUUGCAAAUCCUGGAUAUUAGUGGAACAAGGAUAAAAGAAAUACCUUCAAGUGUUGUUGGACUUAGACGUCUGAUGUACUUGGAUGUUGGCUGGGAUGUGAAGCUCCCGUCUGGGGUUGGUAAUUUAACUUUCCUAGAAGUGCUAAUGGGACUGACAGUGGGUAAAACACGGAGAUCUUCUGACAGUUGUAAUCACCAUAUUGUGAAAGAGCUGUGCAAUUUGACCAAGCUGAGAGUGGUCCAGCUUUCCUGGAGAGUUUUGGAUGAGAACAUCACAAAAACUUUGGCGGAAUCCCUAAGUAAUCUCCGCAAAUUGCAAGUGCUAGAAAUUUAUGGUGAGAAAGGUGGACAUGGCGAUCUCAUGCACGAAGGUUGGGUGCCCUCUCAACAACUCCGUAGAGUAUUCAUUACGGAUUCCUUGCCGUCGACACUGUCAGCAUGGAUUAAUCCUUCAUCACUUCCUCUCCUGUCGUGCCUGGUAAUAACUGUUAGUAAAGUGCGCCCGGAGGACAUCCUGCUUCUUGGGAUGUUGCGCGCCCUUCGUUAUCUCUGUCUGGGCGUUGAUGGAUAUUGGUGCCCGGGAGAGCUGCGGGUAGUAGCGGAAAUGGAAAAGUCUGUUGUUACUGCUGACGCAUUUCCAUGUGUGGAAGAGUGCAUCUUCUAUGGUAUCGCCAUUGCGCCGUCUAUAUUUCCACGAGGAGCCGCACCAAGGCUUAGAAAAAUUCACUUCAGCUUCCUAGCUAGGUGGAUCGGCCAUGGCGAUAUUGAUUUGAGCAUGGGGCACCUCCCCUCCCUCAAGGAAGUCAGGGUUUCCCUUAUGCGUGGGGAAGCCAGCAAUGAGGUGCUGGAGGAUGCGGAGGUGGCUCUGAGGGCCGCAGCGGCACACCAUCCCAACCGCCCCGUCAUUAAAAUCUACAAAUAGGAACAGGUGGAUUCAUCAAAUCCUGCAAUUCCAUCAGGUACAACUCAGGGUGGACACGGUCCGGGCCGGUCCGGUCCCUCACCGAGCCACCCUUUGGACCGACCGGCAGCGGUCCGGACCGGACCGGACCGACCAGCCACGCGGUUCAGUUUUCACGGACCGGACCGGCGGCGGCAAAGCCCGGGCUGGACCGAGCGGACCGGCCAAUAACCACCGGCGGCGAGGUGCAGGGGGCAGCGGAGUUGUGGGCGACGUGCGUGAGUGCUGUUGCGAGGUGGGCGACAUGCGCAAGCGACGGCGACAAGGUGGGCGAUGUGCCGUCGAAAGUGCGCGGCUGUUAGCCAUGAACCUUCCUUAGCAGUUUUUCUGUAGUAUGCAACUAAGGCUGGUCACAAUGGGCAAGAACAUAAGCUAGUAAC